AGCUCUGCAUGUGAAUUGAUGCUUACUCUUUAAAUGUAUUCUGAUCAGAAAUUCAUCUUUCUCUAUAUAAGUCAAUCACACUCUUCUCACAAUAGAAAAAAAAGGGAUUACUAAUAUUGAUCCAAUCUACAAAGAGACAAAAGAAAUGGCAAAAUUCAGUCUCUGUUUUCUUCUCCUCCUCCUUACAAUCAUUUCAACAGCAGCUGCAAGAUCAAUCUCGCCUCCGCCACCGCCUCCGCCGCUGCCACCCCAUCAUCAACAUCAUCAUCCACAUCACAGAAGAUCCUCAUCCGGGUCUUCUUCUUUCAUAGAAGAACAAUGCAAGGGAACCCAUUAUUACAAACUCUGUGUUGAGUCUCUGUCUUACUUCCAAUUCGCAAACCCUUCAUCAACAACCCACACACCCGAAGAACUAGCCCGAUUGGCUUUACGGGUCAGCUUAGUCCGGGCAAGAUUAACCAGCAGAUACAUCUCAAACGUUGCCAGAGAUCUGAAGAUCAAGAAAACCAGAGACUAUCCAGCUGUCAGAGACUGCUUGGAACAGAUCAACGAUGGAGUGAAUCAGCUCACGAAUUCAGUCAAAGAAUUAGGCAAAAUGACGCUUGACAGGGAAAAUGGCUUCCCCUGGCAUGAGAGUAACAUCAACAGCUGGCUCAGUACUGCUCAAACGGAUGCGUUGACUUGUAUGGACGGGUUUUCGGGUCACGCCAUGGGAGGAAAGCUGAAAGCCACCAUCAGAAGUAAAGUGUUGAAUUUGGCACAGCUUACGAGUAAUGCUUUGGCUUUCUUCAACCGAUACGCCAAGAGACAUCGAGCUUCCAGACCUUAAGAAGAUGAUGAUGAUGGAUUUGAUUUGAUCGGUGGCGUUUUCUUUCUGGAUCUCUCUGUGUUUAUGUUGUUGAUGAUUGAAGUAAUGCAUGGGAUUAUGGAAAAGUCAACUGUUUUCAUAGUACUGUGUGUUAAACUAACACAUUAUGUAAUGUUGUUGUCAGGUCAAAAAGAAAAAAGAAAGUUCUGUGAAUACAAAAUUUUGGAUUAAUCUUUCCCCUGUACAAUAAGUUGAAAUUACACAUGAGA